AUGGAAGAUACAGUGAGAACGAUGUUACAGUACAAAUCAAGAUGUGAACUAUUAAAUCAAGAAAAAGUUUUUUUAACGGCUGCAUACGAAUUAGUAGAAAAUAUUAAAAAUGAAAAUCCAACCAAUUACGCAACAUUGGAACCAGACAACACAUCGGGUUGUUGA